AUGUCCACCGACUACAAGUUCGAAGGAUGGCUUGGCCUUGAUGCCGGUUCCGUUGAUGGCAAGAUGCAGUGGAAGGAGUUUGAGCCAAAGCCCUGGGAGGAGACCGACGUCGACAUCAAGAUCUCCCACUGCGGUAUUUGCGGUUCAGACCUGCACACUCUGCGCAGCGGAUGGGGCCCCACAAACUACCCCUGCUGCGUGGGCCAUGAAAUCGUCGGUACAGCUGUCCGCGUCGGCUCUCAAGUGAAGCACAUCAAAGUUGGCGACCGCGUCGGUGUUGGCGCGCAGAGCGAGUCCUGCGUCGGCCGCAAAGGCGAGUGCAACGAAUGCGCAACCUCCAACGAGCCCUACUGCACCAAACACUUCGCCGGGACAUACAACGGUGUUUUCAUGAACGGAGGCAAGUCCUACGGUGGCUACGCCCUAUACAACCGCUCUCCCGCGCACUUCGCCAUCAAGAUCCCUGACGCUAUUCCCUCCGCCCACGCGGCGCCCAUGAUGUGUGGUGGUGUCACCGUCUACUCCCCGCUUAAGCACUACGGCUGCGGACCUGGAAAGACGGUUGGUAUUAUUGGAAUCGGUGGACUUGGCCACUUUGGUGUCCUUUUCGCUAAAGCCCUCGGUGCGGACCGCGUCGUUGCGAUCUCGCGCAAAUCGGAUAAGCGCGCCGAUGCGCUGAAGCUGGGCGCAGACGAGUACGUCGCGACCGCCGAGGAUACAGAGUGGAUGGCGAACAACAAGCGCUCGCUCGACCUGAUUGUUUGCACUGUCUCAUCAUCCAAGAUGCCCAUCAACGACUACGUCUCCCUACUCAAGGUCGACGGCACCAUGAUCCAAGUCGGUGCUCCUGAGGAUGGAGCUCUGACUAUUCCGGCUUUCACGCUCAUUGCCAACCGCGUUAAGCUCGGAGGUUCGUUGAUUGGCUCUCCUGACACCAUCCGUGAGAUGCUGGAGCUUGCCGCGGAGAAGGGUGUCAAGCCCUGGGUGGAGGAGCGGCCCAUGAAGGAUGCGAACCAGGCCAUCAAGGAUAUGGAUGCUGGUGAUGCCCGGUACCGCUAUGUUCUGGUCAAUGACCACUAA